CUUCUCUAUUACCACACACUCUCGUGAUACUGAAAAUUUAUAAAUACUCCAUGUCAUAGGAGUAACAAAAAAUCUUAUCUCCGCAGAGCCCACGUCACGAGCAUUAUUCGUUAAACUCUCGACUAGUUCAGUCCAUUUCCUGUUCACUCAGCGAUAAAAUAAUAAAUACCCAGUUAUAAAGUAAAAUAAUUCUCUCAGAAUGGAAUUCAGGGUAUCAGCACCUGGGAAAAUUGUCCUAUACGGUGAGCACGCAGUGGUGUACGGUAAGACUGCUGUUGCAGCGAGUUUAGACUUGAGAACAACUCUAGAGUUCAAGGAGAUUGAGGAUCAGAUUGUCGGAUUGUCCAUGCCAAAAGUGCGAUUGCAGGUCAAUAUCCCAGUGGGUGAUAUUCACAACUAUUUUUCCAAUGAAAGCUGUCCAAAGUUCAAGGAUGAUCACAACAAUUUUUACCUUCACGUGCAGAAUUACGUCGAGAAAAUUGGAUACACGAAUCUGCAGCAGAAACUGGCACUCGAGGCUUUCUUCUACUUGUUGAUAGCUAUUUCACAGGUCGAGGGGUUGAGUGUGAGGCCUUUCCGGAUUGCCAUAGACUCAGCCCUGGCGAUUUCCUCGGGUCUGGGGAGUUCGGCGUCCUUCGCCGUCUGCAUUGCCACCUGUUUCCUUCAUCUGUCCAAUGCGCAGAAGAACGAGCUCUCGAGUCUCGAUGCAAACGAACUGGAGAAGAUCUCCAGGUUCGCCUUCAGCUGCGAGAAGAUCAUGCAUGGGACACCCUCGGGAAUCGACAACUCCGUCUGCACUUAUGGGUCCAUUAUCGAGUUCAGGAGGGGAGAGACGCUGGAGCCCAUCCUGGGGGCCAUGCAGAUGAGGGUUCUCCUGGUGGAUACCAGGGUUCAGAGGAGCACUAAAGCCCAGGUCGACAAGUUGGAGGCUUUGAAGAGGAGAUACCCCAGUAUUUUUGGUCCAGUGAUUGAGGCGAUUGACAAUGUGUCGAAAGAGGCUCUGGAGGUGAUCAAGACGGUCAGGAGUCUUCCUGGGGAUGGGGGGGAGGGGCUGCACAGCAGCUAUCAACAGUUGAUGACAUUAAUGGAGGUGAAUCAAGGUCUACUAGCAACAUGUCAAACCUCGCAUCCAUCACUCGACCGAAUCUGUGCUGAAGCUAAGAAUUACGGAUUAGCUGCCAAACUGACUGGAGCUGGAGGCGGUGGUUACGCCUACAUUCUGCUAUUACCAGACACACCAACCGAAACAAUCACCAGUAUAUCAAAGAAACUCAUUGCCAAUGGCUACCUCGUCACUCUAACGAACCUCGGUGGUGCUGGAGUCGAGCUGCACACACUGUGACAAAUCGUAACUUAAUUAUUUAUUCUCAUUCAGGGCUGUAGUUAAAAUCAUUAUCAAAUGAUUUACACAUGGUACAUAUUUUCUCUAUCAAUUUUUAUACAGAUCUGUGGGGGCAUUUAUUUAUCUACUUACAUGAUUUAACGGGUCAACUCAUUAUAAAAUUCUUUGUUCAAUUUGUAUACAAAAUAGUGAUCGUCGAAAAAUUAUGAAAUUUAAUUAAAUUAAAAUGACUAAUUAUACGUUGAAUAUGUA